AUGUUCAAAAACAUCGUCGUCGCCGCCAUUCUCGGUGCUCUACCCACUACCUUUGCUUGCUUGGGCUAUGAGGGAGGGCUUCCUACUCCGACGGAGAACAGACAGAUCUCUGAGCCGAUCUACGUCAAGUCUGGCGAAGUGUUCGACGGAGGGUGGGCCAAGUAUGACCGGAACCCCACCUCUUGCAGAGAGCAAGAGGAAGGCGGCGAGUCCGACACAGCUUUUGUCCUCGAGAAGGGCGCCACCCUGAGAAACGUCAUCAUCGGCAAGACUGCUGGUGAAGGUGUCUACUGCCUCGGAGGUGGCUGCACCAUCGAGUUUGUAUGGUUUGAGGAUGUGUGCGAGGACGCUAUCUCUGUCAAGGAGGACCAGGCCGGGGACGAGACCUGGAUCAUUGGCGGCGGCGCGUACCACGCCUCUGAUAAGAUCAUUCAGCAUAAUGGCUGCGGCAAGGUCAACAUCAUCAACUUCUACGCCGAGGACUAUGGCAAAGUUUACCGAUCUUGCGGAACGUGCCAGCAGUGUGCCCGUGAGGUCUACGUUGAGGGAGUGACUGCUUACAACGGCGGCGAGGUUGUCGGAAUCACCAAGGCCAACGGUGACAAGGCGACGCUGGUGAAUGUCUGCACUGAUGCAAAGACGCCUUGCCAGAACUACAGCGGUCCUGGGGAGAAGGAUGGUGCCUGUUAA